AUGGCUUCCUAUGAAGCCUUAUACGGUAGAAGAUGUCGGACGCCAGUAUGCUGGGAAGAAGUAGGGGAUAGAGAACUAAUUGGACUAGAACUGGUACAGAUUACCUCUAAAAAGAUAAAGAUCAUAAGCAAUAGAAUGAAAGCAGCUCAGGAAAGGCAAAAGAGUUAUGCGAAUAAUAGGAGAAGACUCCUAGAGUUUGAAAUUGGUGACAAAGUAUUUUUAAAAGUCACCCCAUGGAAACAAGUAUUAAGAUUCGGCAUGAAAGGAAAAUUGGCGCCGAGGUAUGUUGGGUCUUUUGAGGUCACCAAAAGGAUUGAGCCUGUAGCUUAUAGAUUGGCUUUACCUCUAUAUCUGGCCAAAAUCCAUGAUGUGUUUCAUGUCUCUCUAUUAAGAAAGGCUGAAGUGGAUACAUCUCAAGUCUUGCCUCAAAUUCCUCUAGAAAUUGAUGAGAAUUUAACAUUGGAAAUAAAGCCAGUGAAAGUCUUAGAUUACAAUGUGAAGGAAUUGAGAAAUAAGAAGAUUCCAAUUAUCAAGAUAUUGUGGAGGAAUUCCCAAAUCGAAGAG